AUUAAAAGUAAUAAUAUUCAAAUAAUUCAUUCAUAGAUAAAGAAACAAUCAACUAUUACAAUUAUAUUUUGCAUAAACAACAACGACGAGUUUUUGUAUUCCGAAAAAAAUGCAAAAUACAUUCGUUGUGUACACUUUUAAGCAAGUAUCUUUCAGUGUAUCUCAUUAAAUAAUUAUUAGCAAACUAAUCGCUAAUCCAACUUUGAAGUUGUUCUUAAUACAACGGAAGCUAAAAAUGCUCUUUCUAGUUUCAUAAGCAAAUAAACUUACGGAUAUAUGACUUAUAAAGUUUCAUCUCCACCGUUGCUCGAGAUAAUUCAUCAUGUACAAGUUGUUGUCGAAUAAUAGUGUCAUGAAUGGAAGCAAUUGACUAAUUUUUAGCAAUUAAUGAACAAGUAAUGAGUUGUGAUAUAGUGACAUAACAUCCUUAAGGGGUCGUUUGGAUUAGUGAAUGUGAUGAGGGAUUUAUGAGUGAUUUUAAAACAAUCUCUCGUUGUGCAGGAUUUUAAAAUAAUUCUGCGUUUGGAAAGGUGAGAGAUUGUGGGCAUGAGGAAAUUCUAAAUCUCUCAUAUGAGAGUUUUUAAAAUAGCUGAUGGGGAUCAGCUAUUUCACAAUCACUCAUUUUUUAUCAUUCUUUUCCAAACUCUGCCCCUCCUUUUGUUCUUCCUUUCUUAUUCUUCCUUAGGGAUUAGGGAUGGGUAUAAUUGUAACUUUAAUUUUUAAUUAAAAUCCUUCAUCUAUUCCCAAACAUGUUAUUUGGAUCAAAUCCCACGUUUAAAAUAUCUGGGUUUUUAAUUGAGAGAUUUUAAUCCAAAUCCCUCAUUUACACAUUCCCUAAUCCAAACGAUCCCUAAGUUACUUGUAGGUAUGAUUUUUUUUUUUCUCUUUCAAAAAUUACCCGGGUCCCGGGACAAGGCCAAAAUGGCCUAGCUCAGCCUAUGAGUGGGAGUGGGGCCUACCGUGAAUGAAAUCCAAUAUCGUGAGUUUAGAUUAGAUCUACUACUGAUUGAUUACUUAAGAAAGGGGAAUUGGGGAAGUGAAUAUAUUUUGGUAAAUUAAUGGUAAGGCAAUACAAGCUAAUAAGUCAGUAGUCUAAUUAAGAAUGAAUUGGCAUUGUGUAUUAUAUAUACAUCUUCCUUCCUUUUCUGGUAUGGCGCGCCGCAUCCCAUUCCCACUCUCCAACUCCCGACUCCCGCUCGCUCAAGAAUGAAGAAUUCGGCGUCGGACGAGAGUUUGAACUACGUGGAAAGCGAGGACGACGUCGAUGAAGAGAACAAGGAUGUCAACGGCGGCGGCGGGAAGUACGGCCUUAAUCGGCUGGCUUCCGGGGAGUCCGUGGAGGAGGCCGGUGACGAUCGGCAUGCACCCGCCGCCUCCCACACUCCUUCUUGGCCUCAAAGUUACAGGAUGUCGAUGGACAUGUACAGUAGUGUGUCACCAACGAUUAACUUCCUCAAGAGCCCACUGUCCAGACAAGGCAGUUCAUUCCUGAGAAGAAGGCCAACUUGUGAAGUACUAGUCUUGCCUAGCACGCCCAUCACCGAAGCUCCUCCUUCGCCCGCAACACUACCCUUGUUACUGCACGAUGAUCAAGACCAUCACCAUUACGACGAAAAGCAAGAACAACUAGUGCAGAAAUCUUCCCACCUCUCACUCGGUGGUCUUCCUUCGCAAGUCGUGCUCGAUUCUCCCGCUCGCAAGAGCUCGUUUGGCCAAGCACUACUUAACGGGGUGAAUGUGCUGUGUGGGAUCGGGAUAUUGUCGACACCAUACGCAGUGAAGCAAGGAGGAUGGUUGGGGUUGAUUGUGCUCCUCCUGUUUGCACUCCUCUCUUUCUACACCGGCCUGCUCCUUCGAUACUGCCUUGACACCCAGCCGGGACUCCAAACCUAUCCUGAUAUUGGCCAAGCCGCCUUUGGCACCACUGGUCGCAUUGCUUUCGCGGUCAUCUUGUACGUGGAGUUAUAUGCUUGUUGUGUUGAGUACAUCAUUCUGGAGAGCGACAACUUGUCGGCAUUAUUCCCAAAUGCUCAUCUAAGUUUGGGUGGAGUAGUUGAGCUGGAGCUGGAUCCCCACCACUUGUUUGCAUUCCUAACCACCCUUGCCGUGCUCCCCACAGUCUGGCUUCGAGAUCUCAGUAUUCUCAGUUACAUCUCCGCUGGUGGAGUAGUUGCAAGCAUAGUGGUGGUGGUGUGCUUGUUCUGGAGUGGGGUAGUGGAUGACGUCAACAUUCACAGCAGUGGGAGAGUGGUGAACUGGGGGAGUCUGCCGGUGGCGAUUGGACUGUACGGCUACUGCUACCAGGGACAUGCUGUGUUCCCAAACAUCUACAGCUCCAUGGCCCGCCCAAACCAAUACCCUGCUGUCCUCAUCGCAUGCUUCAUUGUGUGCACGGUGAUGUACGUUGGAGUUGGGAUGAUGGGGUACACCAUGUUCGGAGAAGCCACCCAGUCUCAGUUCACCCUUAACAUGCCUAGCCAUCUGCUUGCUUCCAAGAUCGCUGUCUGGACCACGGUGGUCAAUCCGUUCACCAAGUAUGCCCUGACAAUGACACCGGUGGCAAUGAGCCUGGAGGAGUUGAUACCAUCAAACAAGAGGUCCUACCUUCACGUCAUUGCCAUUAGGACGCUGCUCGUCAUCUCCACUUUGGCUGUCGCCAUCUCCCUCCCUUUCUUCGGUCCCGUCCUCUCAUUGAUCGGAUCACUGCUCACCAUGUUUGUGACCCUCAUCCUUCCUUGUGCUAGCUACUUGAGCAUUUUGAGGAAUAAAGUGAACCGUUACCAGGUUUCAUUGUGUGUAUUAGUCAUCGCAGUGGGGCUAAUCUGUUCAGCAUUUGGCACAUAUUCUGCCGUAUUAAGCAUUGUUCGGAGUUUGGGCGUCUAAUUAUCAACUCACGUUAACGUUACUUACUUUUCUUUGGCAAUUAUGAUAUCCAACUUCGUGGAUCUUUUGUCUUCUUUAAUCUCCUUCUGUAUUGGGUUUCGCAUCUACUUGUUUUAUUUAAUUUGUUUGACAAUUUUUCCAUCCAAUCGUUGUUUCCUCUUCAUAGAUCUUGCAUGCAAUAUGUUUUUUUCUCCCCGACAAACGAUAUAAACAAUUUGAUCGAACCCAAUAUUGUAAAAUUAAGAUAGUACUAUCGCAUUGCUAGACUAAAAUCAAGCACUAGGUAGGUACUGUUGAUAUGAUCAUCAUGAUCAAAACGUACAUUCGUUUGUUAGCGGCCGAUGAACCUAGAGAAAUACACUGGACAUCGCCGAGUGCUGGGUUGUUCAAAUGAUUAUCAUGGUAAUUAUCAAACUAACUAAGACUAAAUUCUGCCAACCAUGCAAUACAAUACUUUAACCAAAGCAUUAUAACAACCAAACUAAAGUUUGAUCGGUUUGGUUAAUUGGUUGUCAGACAAUCUAGGUGCUACUUAGACCUCAGAUGGAACGAACUAUGACGUAACAAUCUGAAUAACUGGCAUUGUGAACACAUAAGCUGGUAACAUAAAAAACCUUACUGUAACUAAAUUCGAGUAAUAAGCUUCCUCAAAGCAGAGAUGGAAGAAUUUCGGGUCAGUCACUCAACCCCAUCCCUAAAUUCGUCUUACUUUGCACUCUGAUGGAAUUAAUUGGGCAAUUGAGUCAGAGAAUUCCCCGCAUUCUUGUGAAAAGUAGAGAUAACGAAGACGCGAUUGAAUGGGAGAGACAGGAGAAGCUUACCAAUUGAUGCUUGUCAGACACCAGAGACUCUACCUCUUGGAGAAUGCCUAGGGUUUCCGUUUCAGCCAUCUUUAUCCCCUCUCUUGCUUGCUCGGUCGCUCUAAUUACCCAACCUUGUGUGUUUCCUUCCCUUGCGAAUCGCUACUUCCCUCCAGACGGCAGACGAAACUAAAGCAGCGAUGGUUCAGAUUAUCCGAGUUUGUGAUUUCAGAUAGGAUGGCAAAUUACCCACUCAUGUGUAAUUAUACCCAAACCCAAGUAGACCCAUUGAUAAUGGGUUGGGUAUGGGUGAAGUGCAAAUGGAUUUGGAGGUUUAUAAAUGGGUUUGGGUAAGGUAUGAAUAUUGCUUCCAUAAUCUAAAUGGGUAUGGGUUGGAUAUGGAUAUCCAUUUACUUGAGGGUGGUUUAACUACACAUGCAAAAAUGGACCUAUUUGUAAAACUUGAAAAGUUUAGGUACCAAAAUGUAAGACAAAAAAAUUUAGGUACCAAAACGUAAUUUUCCAUCGAUAUUUUGAGGAUUUAUAUGCCAAAAAAAUUAAAUUUAGGUACUAAAUAUGCAUAUCUAUUAAGUUUAGGUACCAAACUAUAAUUUGUAUUUGGGCAUGGGUACAAACCCAAAUCCAUUUGAUAUAAACCCAACUCAACCCAAAGUAAUUGGGUAUGGGUACAAACCCAUCAAACUCUACCCAUAUCCAUCUAUUUGGAUUUCAUACCCAACCCAAUUGGGUUGGAUAGUAAGAAACUCAUGGGUAUGGACAAAGUUGUCAUCCCUAAUUUCAUAUAAGCUCCACUUCCCCUUUCGAGAGAGGGAACGCGAUCUAUUUUCCCGCCAUUUUGAUCUCCCUUUCACUUUUCAUUCUCGGGAGAAAUGUGUUUAUAACUAACUACAUAUAUAACAUCUUUUUCUUAUGGGGUGCAUUUAGGCCUUCUUACCUGGCUGAUGGGUUCGGCCCGGCCCAUUUUAUAAAAAGGAAGGGCUGGGCCCGACUAACCUGUCGCUGGAUGCAAGGUGGGCGGAGCAACUUUUGAAUGGUGAUACCCUCUCCAUUUUGCCCAAGUAUCAUUCCUAAUCAACUCUAAUAAGUAAU